GUAAACAACCUGGUGCUUGUCACAAAUUUAUUGAUUUCAGUCACAGCUAACUAAUUGUCUAGCCAUCCUAGUCAUGUCGUUUAGUAAACUUCAGGGAGAUAUUGAGUUAAAGUUUGGUGAAAUUAAAAAAUACGUGAAGUCAAUUGUAAUCAGAGUGAAGGGAAUUGGGUCGGACGGAUCAUCCGAGGAACUUCCUAAAGUGGAUCGACUAGUAGAGAAAGCAAAAAAAUUGGUGCUGGAGACAAAUACAGCCAUGUGUGAAUUACACGAUGUCGAGCUGGAUUCCACUUCCAAACACAUCAAGACACGAAAUAAAUUGGCAAAAGACUUCGGAGAGAUAUUGGUCGGGUACCGUGAAACAAUGUGGUAUACAAAAUUGCAUAUUCAAUGGUACUUCAGUCUAUGUCAUUGAAAAAAUUGAUGGUCAAUACACCGCGUCCGCUAAGCAAAAAACCGAACUGCUUGAAAUGAAUGGUGUUGAAGUGAACCGCGUUCUGAUACAAGUAUACAGAGAUGCGUUAUUUAGACCAAGGGAGUUGACAUAUGGAGAGUCUUCCCUGCAAGAUAAGUUUCUUUGGGCAAAACAUGCAAUUAUAUUGACGAAUAAUCGAAGCAAGGCUAACGGUGUGACUGGGACAUCUUGUAGUUAUCUCGAUAAAUGGACAAUCCCAUUGUUUGCUGAUCCAAUUGAAGUAAUUGACCCCUCACUUUUUGGUGCCUCUUUCAAGAGUGCUGAAGCACUAAAAAGUUAUACCCGAGACUACAAGGAAGCAAAGUGUUCAAUCAAGCCAAAAAGUGUAAAGAAACUCUUGUCAAGACACUGGGAUGUCAUAAAUUCUGCUAUUAAUUCAGCAACAGACAACGUCAUCGAUGUUGUAGAAAAAGAAGAUGAAGUGUGCAUUGCAUUGGGUGAACCAGAGAAAAAGAAGCGAAAGUCCAGAGGAACGACCGGCAGAGUUGGAUGCGAUUUCUGUGACUAUCGAUGCGACAAGCCUUAUAUCAUGAAGAGACAUGUCCGGACCCACACGGGUGAAAAACCUUUCGUUUGUGAAGUUUGUCACGUUGGAUUUUCAGAUAAAUCGUGUUUAUGGCGACACACAAAAAACGGAUGCACGUUCAAGGGAAAAGGUCGGAAGGUUGGAUUCAAGCAGGUCGAAAAAAAUAGACAACUUGUCGUUCUACCGUCUGCGCCCAAUGAAGGUUCAACUGCCAACACCGAAGUUGCCGAACUGAGGAACGAGAUCGUCACACUCAAGUCAAAUUUGCAGAAAAAGGACGAGACCAUCAUCUUGUUAAAUCAAAAGAUUGCCGGGUUGGAGAAAAAGUUGACAAAAAGACACCCGUUUUCCAACGUGGAACCCUCAAACGCCAUGCAACACAUAAUUCCAUUUCCGCUGAAAAGAACCUCACAGACUGACAACUACCCAAGAUCUAAUAAAAAAUCAUCAACGAGCGACGAAAACAAUCACUAAUAAUAUUAAUAACAUUAUUCCCAUUUGCACAAAUGGCAAAAUAAAGAAAAAUGAAUAAAAUGUCAAUUACAUCGA